CUCAGAGGAGAAUGGCAAAGAAAGAACAAGAAUACAUAGCGUAAUAUUGUUUACACAUAAAUUUAUUUGAAACGGCAAAGAUAAGAGAUGCACUCACAUGUAAUGACCUCAAUCCGUUAUGAGGGUCAUCACGUACAAUACACAUCCCUCACUGAAGAAGAAACGCAACAAGAAUAUCUGAGAUAUUCAGUAGCGCUGAACAAGACAAUGUCUGACAAGAACCAAACCUCAGACCUUCCUGAUGCACACGGAGACAAAGAUAACAUUGAAAUAGUGAAAGUUGAGAUAACAGAAGAUCUGUGUGUGACGCGGCAGAUGGGAGCCUCGGAUGAGGAAUCCAGUGACGGUAUCAGCUCAGACGAGGAUAACACUGAAAUAGUGAAAUUUGAGAUAACAGAAGAUCUGUGUGUAAGGCAACAGCCGGGAGCCCUGGAUGAGGAAUCCAGCAACAGCAUUAGCCGAGGCUGCAUGGAUGUGACGCCUUCAGCUGGCUCUGUGGUUAAGCACAGAGGAGAACCAUAUGUGUGUGACCACUUGAAGACUGAGGAGGAUGAAGUUCCUAUAAAAAUGGCUAAAGCUAAAUUCAACCCUGAAAUAUGUCAAGUGGAACAAACAGAAAAUAUGUGUGUGGCAAAUCCCCUUGAAAAUGAUGAAGAUACUGACAUGGAAAGCAGGGAUACGUACACAGAUCAAUUUAUGAGCUCAGACAUUCCUAGUGAAGGCCAAACUACAGAAGCUUCUUUCAGUCUCUUUGAAGAUCAGCAACACCACGGAGGGAAUAAAUUAUUUCCAUGUUCCGUAUGUGGGAAAUGUUUUAACUGGCAAUCAACUCUUAUUAGACACCAGAACAUUCAUACAAGAGAGAAAGCAUUUUCAUGUUCUGAAUGUGGGAAAUGUUUUAAACUGCAAUCAAAUCUUAUUACUCAUCAGAAAAUACAUAUAGUUGAGAAAGAAUUUUCAUGUUCCGAGUGUGGAAAAUAUUUUGCCUGGAAAUCAAGUCUUAUUUAUCAUAAAAAAAUUCAUACAGGAGAAAAACCAUUUUCCUGUUCUAUAUGUGGGAAAUGUUUUUACUGGCCAUCCCUUCUAAUUUCUCAUCAGAAAAUACAUACAAGUGAGAAAGAAUUUUCAUGUAUGGAAUGUGGAAAAUGUUUUAACCGUAAAUCAAGUCUUAAAGCACAUCAGAAAAUUCAUAUAGGGGAAAAGGCAUUUUCAUGUUUAGAAUGUGGGAAAUGUUUUAACCGAAAAUCUAAUUUAAAAACACAUCAGACAAUUCAUACAGGAGAGAAAGCAUUUCCAUGUUCUGAAUGUGGGAAAUGUUUUACCCGUAAGUCAAGUCUUAUUUCUCAUAACAAAAUCCAUACAGUAGAGAAAGCAUUUUCCACUGGCAGUUAGAAAGAUUAUAUUUUAUUGAUAGUGGUAGGUAAGUAAUAAUAUAAAUACUCCUCAUCUAAUGAAUACUUUAGCUCAGUGAAUUUUGUUGGAUCUUCAUUUCUUUCAUAUAGGUGGCGAGAGUCAUAUGGGUAUACAUUCCUACCAGGAGGAGUCAGUUUCCCAAACUCCAAAAAGCCUCUAAAACUCCUCCCACCUAACGCAUACCUUAGUUUUUUCACUUUGCCUCCGUUGUAGGUGGUUGAAGCAUGAUGAUGUGCUUGAUUUCUUCAGUGAAAGGCACUUCAGAGGAUAUUGAAGCCCAAUUACCCUCAGAUUACAGUGCUUGUCAGAGGGAUGUGAUUGGAGUACUGCAUCCUUCACAGGCUGCUCUACCGCCUUCAAAUAAGCGAAAAAGGUCAGUUCAAGAUAUACCUUCUACAAGUAAUGUACAGUAUAUCCUGAUCCAAAGAAUACUGAAGUAUCUUUGAAUGAUGAGGCUUCCUCUGAGAGUGAGGCUCCCUCAUCUGACAUAGAACCUGAUAAUUUCUUCUUUUUAUUUAAAAUUGAACACAUUCGUUCACUUUUAAUGGAGGUCUUGGUCACUUUAGGGGUUAAAGAUUCUAAACCUUCUGACCUUUUUCAGGGAUAUCGAAUUGCAAUCAGAACAAGGCCUCCCACUGGAAGGUUUUUUUCUGAUCCAUAUCCCAAAACAUUCAAUAAAAGCUUAAGCUUUUUUUCAAUCUGUCUCAGAUCUGGAAGAUAUGGGAGUAAUUGUUUCAGUUCCUUUGCAGGAACGGGGGACGGGACUUCAUUCAUUCAAUUAUCUUCAUUGUAACAGAGAAGGAAGACAUUCAGACCAAUUUUAGAUCUGAAAACUCAAACCAAAUUUUUUAGAAUACCAUCUUUCGAAAUGGAAACUCAGGACUAUUCUGCCUUUUAUUCAACAAGGUCACUUUAUGUCCACAAUAGAUUUAAAGGAUGCUUACCUUCACAUCCCAAUUCACUCAGAACAUCACCCAUUUCUGAGGUUUGCUUUUCUCGACAAGCAUUAUCAGUUUGUUGGUCUUCCAUUUGGUCUAGCUACAGCUCAAUAGUUACCAAAGUCCUGAGUACCCUUUUGUCUGUGAUCAGAGUAUUGCAGUAUUUCCUUACCUGGACGAUAUAUUGGUACUAGCUCAAUCUUUUCAUUUAGCAGAAUGUCAUACAAAAUAACUAUUGUUGUCCCUUCAAAGACAUGGUUGGAGGAUCAAUUUACGAAAGAGUUCCUUGAUUCCUAAAUAGAUUUAGUGCCCAUGACUCUUCCCCUCACAGAACAUAGACAAGUAAAGUUGAUAUUGGCUUGUCUGAACCUUCAGUCUCUCUCAUUCCCUUCAGUGGCUCUGUGUAUGGAAGUACUAGGCCUCAUGAUUGCAGCUUCGGACGCAAUUCCAUUUGCUUGACUACAUAUGAGGCCUCUUCAGCUUUGUAUGCUACGUCAAUGGUACAAGGAUUACACUAAGAUAUCCUAAGUGACAUUCUUAGAUUCCAUUAUUCACCUAUCUCUAACUUGGUGGCUGAAUCACCAAGUCUAUUACUCAGGGGGCUUCUUUUGCUAAACCUACCUGGUCUGUCCUCACCACAGAGGCAAGUCUUUCAAGUUGGGGAGCUGUUUGGGGGUCUCUGACAGUACAGGGGUUUAGAACCCUCGGGUUGGGGAGCUGUUUGGGGGUCUCUUACAGCACAGGGGGUUUAAAAUCCUCGGGAGGUGAGGGUUCCAAUCAAUAUUUUGAAACUGUGCACCUUUCAGGGCGUUCCAGGCUUGGCCUCUAUUAAAAAGGGAGCCUCAGUUAUCUGGCUAUUUUAGAAGUGUCUCAAAUUUUCUCUUGGGCGGAUCCAAUUCUUGCCUGAUUUCUGCGAUUCACAUCCCAGGAAUGGACAACUGGGAGGCAGAUUUUCUCAGUCUCUACAUCCAGGAACUUGGUCUCUUCAUCAGGAUGUGUUCUUUCUGAUUGUGUAAUUAUGGGACCAACCAGAAAUAGAUCUGAUGGCCUCUUGUUUGAACAACAAAUUUCUCAGGUACCUUGUGAGGCUCAGGGAUCCUCAGGUGGCGGUAGUAGAUAUUCUAACAGUUCUUUGGUCCUUCCAGCCUGCUUACCUGUUUUCUCCUCUGAUCCUACUUUCCAGAUUAAUUUUUAAGAUAAAAUUGGAACAGUCAUUUGUAAUCUUGAUUGCUCCAGCUUAGCCUCACAGGAUUUCGUCUGCGGAUCUGGUUCGAACGUCCAACUGCUCACCAUGGCCUCUUCCUCUUAAGGCCAGACCUUCUGUCUCAAGGUCCCUUUUUCCGUCAAGAUCUAAAGUCUCUCAACUUGAUGGCACGGAAAUUGAACGCUUAGUUCUGAGUCACAGAGGAUUCUCAGAUUCUGUGAUUAAUGCUUUGGUUCUGGCUCGUAAAUCAGCUUCUAGGAAAAUGUAUCACAAAGUUUGUAAAACUUAUAUUUCUUGGUGUAUUGGCCAUUGGCCGCGGAGGAUGUGGUUUGCAGAUCUGAUGGGGAUGUCAUUGUCUCCUCCAUGGAGGUUACCUUGUCGCAGGGAUCUGCUGGUUCAGGGUCCUUUUCUACAUCAAAAUCUCGAUUCUCUGAGGCUGACUGCGUGGAGAUUGAACGCUUAGUCCUGGCCAAGAGAGGGAUUGAUACUCUCAUUCAAGCCAAGAAGCCUGUCACUCGUCGCAUCUAUUAUAAGGGGUGGAGGACCUACCUUUCCUGGUGUGAGGAAAGUGGAUAUCCCUGGCAUAAGGUUAGGGUAUCCAAGAUAAGCUUCAGAAAAAAUAUAUAACAGGAGCACCAGGUAUAGGGAUAAAACAUUAAACUUUAUUAGAACAUAAAGGGUAUCAUAACCCCUGGGUAAGAACAUACAUAUAUGAUAGUCAAACAGAUGAAAAAAGGCUGACCGGUUUCGGCUGUUGCCUUACUCCUAGCCUGCUUAAAACUGUCUAGCAGUUCCCUGAUUUAAAAACCAUCAUCUGAAAUCCUAUUGGUUCUGGAAACUCACACCUCUAAUUGUUAUUCCCUUCAGCUUUAAUCAAUCAACCUUCAUACAAAUACGGCUGAACUUUUUUUAUUGUGAUUGAUUUUCCUAUGCAUAUGUAAUUACUAGCAUUUUAUUUACUUAUCACCAAUGUUAAGAAAGAGGAAAAAUCUAAUUAGUGUUCUCCCUACACCUAUGUAUAUAUUAUCUAUCUUUAACCAUUUUUUUUUGUUAAAAAUGUUUAUGUUUAUAUAUACACUCCUAGCAGUUGCUUUACCAUUUAAUCAGACCGCACUGCUAAGUGCCGUUUUUUUUACGGUAAACCCUGAUCGCAAUAGUAUGUUUUAAUUGUAUUUGUUUUUUUAUAUAUUGUGUUUAACUCCUACCUAAUAGUGGUUCCAAUUUUGGUGUAUUCAUUUUAAAACGCCUUUAGCCAUUGUGGAGUAAAUCUGCUGUGCUUGCAUAUUUGCAUUCAAUCGGUGUUUAUAGUGAACUGCUGGAUUCCACUUACUAAGUCCCUAUUGGAUGAAUAGCGUGUGUGCCGGCCAAUCUACUGCGGCCUAACAAACUCCAGCGCAGUGCGUGUAGUCUUGCAGAGAACGAUUGGUCUAUAUUCAUUUGAUCCUGAUUGGACGGAAAUCGUGUACAUACGCCAAUCAACUGUAGCCUGUCAAAACUCAACUUACUACGUCAUGUGCAUAGUCUACCCCUCCGUAGCUUGCAAUUGUUCAGGCCAUAGUAACUCCCUUUGUUUAAGUUAUGUGCUCACAAACACAGCUCUAAAGGUCUGUGCGCUAUUUGUCAUUCUCUAUAUCAUGGGCAUUAACAUACAAUGGUUGUACUCGCAAGUUAGGAGAUGGGCUCCAACCAGUAUUGGAUUGAAUUGGAUUUCAAAGCUUGCUCGCACUAAAUUCCUGUCACUAUUUAGCGUUUGCACAUAUCUGUACUAGAGAGGGGGGGGUUAUUUUAUUUACUACCAUAGAAAUGAGAUGUUUAAACUUUAUCUAUGUGCUUAUUUUUGGGCAAAUUGUCUCCUGUGGGUUGGUGAAAAAUUAUAUUUACAUUCUAAGUGUAUUUUGCCCUGUUAAUCCCCUUAUUACAAUAAAUAAGUCAGAUUAUAUAGGUUGUAUUACUCUCAGUGAGUAAUACCAAAGAUCACCAAAAAUUAAUGAGAUCGAAUUCUGAGUUGAGGCCAUCCGGAAUCCUCGUUCUUAAACGAAAAAUCCAGAAGGCAUCUCUUUCUCCCAGUUUUCUGGUCCUGUCACCCCCUUUUGUCUGGACUGGUACUCUCUCUAUAAUGGUCCAAGAAAAGAAAGAAAUAUCUUUAUUAUGUGUAAUUGAAAAAUGAUUAAUAAGUGGCGUUGUGAGAACCCCAGCCUUGAUGUCCGCUAGGUGUUCUUUUAUCCUAACUCUGGCUUCCCUUGUCGUGAGGCCUACAUAUUGGAGGGCACAAUAGGUGCAUGAAAUCAAAUACACUACAAAAGUAGACCUACAGUUGAGGCAUAACUUUUUCUGAAAAUGUUCUCCUGUAACCAGGGAGCUAAAGGAGUCCCCUACAGUUACUUUCUCACAAGCUUUGCAGGAAAAAUGGUUGCACCUAUAGGUUCCAUUCAAUGUCAACCAGGAGGACCCAUCUGUCUGUUCCCUCCUUAAUCUCGUGGGUGCAAUCAUAUUGCCUAUUGUUCUUUUUCUUUUGUAAGUGCACCUAAUGCCUUCAGUUACUGUCUCUUUAAGAGCAUCAUCAGCUGACAGUAGAUGAUAAUUAUUUCUAAUAAUCUGGCAUAUUUGUGUGUACUGCUGUGAAUAUUCUGUCGUGAAUGUGAUUUUCCUGUCCCCAAUCUCUUUUGUCCCUUCUUUAUACUUUGUGUUUCUCUGUUUCAAGAGAUCAGCUCUGUUGAUUUUAGUAACAGAGUUCCUCUCCUUAGUAAUUGUUGUCCUUGGGUAGCCUCUCUCUAUGAGUCUAUCUGACAGUUCAUCGGCCUGUUUUUCAUAUGUACUAUAAUUAGUACAGUUCCUUUUUAGGCGAAUGAACUGUCCUCUGGCUACACCCCUAAACACCCUCCUUGGGUGACAACUUGAGGCGUGCAGAAGAGAGUUCACUGUGAUUGGCUUUCGAUAGGUUUCUGUGAUGAUCUUCUGACCUGUUUUCCCCUUUAAUGUGAUGUCCAAAAAAUUUACUGUGUGUUCUUGUAUCUCAGAGGUAAAGCUAAUGCCUACAGUGUUGUUAUUUAGUCCCUCUACAAGCCUCUCUAGAUCUUUAUGGGAGCCCUGCCAAAUGAAAAGGAGGUCAUCAAUGAAGCGCCUGUACCACACUAUCUCCUGCCUGAACGGGUUCCGCUCCCCAAAGACGUGGGAGAGCUCCCACCAACCCAUGAAAAGGUUGGCGUAGGAGGGGGCAAAUUUGGCCCCCAUCGCUGUCCCACGCCUCUGGAGAAAGAACUCCCCCUCGAACAGGAAAUAGUUGUGGGUCAGGAGAAAUUUGGUCACCUUCAAUAUGUAUUCUGUAAAAUCCUGGUCAUUUUCAUAUUUUUAGAUAGAAAGAAUUCUAGAGCUUCCAAGCCCUUUUCGUGUGGUAUGGUGGAAUACAGGGAUCUUACGUCCACUGUCAACCAUUUGAAGUCACUCUGCCAGAUCAUAUCAGAAAGUAAAUUCAAAACGUGCUUGGUAUCAGACAGGUGACUCCAAAGGGUACUCACCAAGGGUUGCAAAAUGCCGUCCAACCAUUCCGACAGUUGUUCCAGUAAAGAGCCAAUUCCACUAACAAUUGGCCUCCCUUGGACAUUUUCUACAGACUUGUGAAUUUUAGGUAGAUGAUUAAACACAGGAAUGGCUGGGUUCUGUACCAGAAGAUAGUCCUUAGUUUCUUGGUCAAUAUAACCCAUCUCUACCCCGUCGUCCACAAGGGAGGCCAGCUGUCUCUGGAAUUGGCGUGUUGGGUCUUGUAAUAACACCUCAUAAUCCUGUUCUAUUCUCAACUGUCUUAAAGCCUCUUGAAUGAAGUCCUCCUUAUCAAGGACCACAAUUGCUCCGCCUUUGUCCGCUGAUCUAAUCACUAGAUUGUUGUUAUUUUCUUAGACCUUCUAAGGCUAUUUUUUGUUUUCGUGUGACAUUAGACUUUUUGCCCCUUUGUGUGACAUAUUGAAGUUUAGUUAAAUCACUUUCAACCCGUUUCUGGAAUUUCUCCAAUAGAGGACCCCUACUUUGAAUGGGAUAGAACAAAGAUUUGUUCUUUAGUAGUGGUGUUGUCACCCGCCUACUUUGUUAUAUAUUUUUUCUGAAGCUUAGCUUAUCACUUGGCCAAACAGUGAGCACAGGAUAAGGAUACAGACUGCGGUUGGUGAGCUGGUGGCAAACUGCAUCAGACUGUUUUUCUUCCAAGGGACUUAUGUGGAUGUUUUUUAUGGCCCCAAAGUAAAACUGACAGGCAGAAAAUAAGGAUACCUGGAGUAUAUGGCUUAACUGUUCACAUAAACACUGGAUACAGCAUCCGAAUCUGAGGAAGCAUUUCACCAAGAGACUGAAUAGUGGUGAGUCAAUUCAUUUAUUCUAUUUACGGAUGUCUGGGAGUGAGUCCUUGUGAUCAAUAUUGUGGGGAUUAUUUGGGGAACACCGCCACACUUUUGUCUUUACAAAACAGCCCAAUUCUUGCAGUGGCCCUAUAAAGACUUAUCUACAAGUUAUCUUAACAACUAAGACUCUUUACACAUUUUUUGAAUAACAGUGCACACACCUCAAUCCUUUCCCCUUUUUGUAUGUUAUAGGGUAUCCAAGAGCCUGUCCUUCCUCCAGCAUGGGUUGGAGAAGGGACUUGCCGCCAGUUCCUUAAAGGGACAGAUUUCGCCUUUAUCGCUACUGUUACACAAGAAGCUUGCGGAGCUUCCUGAUAUUCAGUCCUUCGUUCAGGCCCUGUCUAGAAUCAGGCCUGUCUUUAGAAAUUCUGUUCCCCCUUGUAGCUUAAAUUUGGUACUUAAGAUUUUGCAGAGGGCUCCCUUCGAUUGCAUCGGCACGCAGAGUCUCCAGAGUUGACGGCCUUGCAAUGUAAACCUCCUUAUCUGUUUUUUCACGCCGAUAAGGCUGUUCUUCGCACUGGGUUGGAAUUUCUUCCCAAGGUGGUGUUGAAUCGUAACAUCAAUCAGGAGAUAGUGGUUCUUUCCUCAUGUCCUAACCCUUCUUCAAAGGAAAGGUUGCUUCAUAACUUGGAUGUGGUUCGAGCCUUGAAGUUCUAUCUUCAGGCUACGAAAUAAUUCAGACAGACUUCAUCUCUAUUUGUUGUGUAUUCGGGGAAGCGCAGGGACAGAAGGCCUCUUCCACUUCCCUAUCCUUUUGGUUGAGGAGCUUGAUUCGCUUGUCAUAUGAGACUGCGGGACAUAAGCCUCCUCAGAGGAUUAGGGCUCACUCAACUAGGGUUGUGCGCUCUUCAUGGGCCUUUAAGAAUGAGGCCUCUAUGGAGCAGAUUUGUAAGGUGGCUACUUAGUCCUCCUUACAUACUUUUACAAAAUUUUUACAAGUUUGAUGUUUUUACUUUGGCGGAAGCAGCUUUUGGGAGAAAGGUUUUGCAGGCUGUGGUGCCCUCAGAUUAGUGUCCGCCUCCUUUGCCACAUCUUGAGCUUUCCAGAAUGAGGCUUCAGUUGAUCAAAUUUGCAAAGCAGCCACUUGGUCUUCUCUGCAUAUCUUUACUAAAUGUUACCAUUUUAAUGUUUUUGCUUUGUCAGAAGCAGCCUUUGGUAGAAAGGUACUUCAGGCAGUUUUCUCAGUUUGAUGAUUUUGUCUAUAUUUUGAGUUUGUCAUAAGAGAAAUAUAUAUUUUUUUGGGUUGUGAAUUUAAUUUCUCAGCAAAAAAAGCUGUUUUUCUCCAACAUAGGUGUGUCCGGUCCACGGCGUCAUCCUUACUUGUGGGAUAUUCUCUUCCCCAACAGGAAAUGGCAAAGAGCCCAGCAAAGCUGGU